GAAGGUGGCUGGGGCGGUUCACGUUCUGAUCCACUCCACGCCGGCACCGAGUGAUUCUCGGGAGUCAUCGGUUCGUGCCCGACCCCUGCGCCUAGCGGACGACCACGAGAGGGGAGCCCUGCAGUGGAAUCGACCUAUGCCACUAGAGAACCCGGUGCAUGACAUUCAACCAGGAGACCGAGUAUAUGUGAAGAAUUGGUCCACACAUCCCUUGAAGGAAACAUGGGACGGGCCCCGGCAAGUGAUCCUAACAACCUAUACGGCAGUAAAGGUCGAAGGAAUCGACUCAUGGAUCCAUUACACUCGAGUCAAGAAAGUCCCUGCACAAUGGGAAACCCAGCUGGUCUCCCCAACGCAGAUGAUCUUUCGCAGAAAGUAGCAUUUUUGAUUAUAUUGUUACUGGUAAUAACGAAACCAAUUCUUAUUAAUGGUUCUGUUGUAGUUGCAGCUACCGAACCAGUGGUGGAUGUCAUAAAUGGAAUAGAUGUGAACCUGACCUGUUCUGUAGUGAAUGACCAGAAAACUGAAGUCCAGAAUAUACAAGCAACCCGGAAGAAAGGUGCCAAUAUAGUCACGGUUUGGGAUAAGGAUGCACGAAGAGCAAAGGUUCAGAGAAGAAGAGUGACAAGGCAAGUAAUGGAAGGGACGGGACAGCCCGAGAUAGAAACGGAUCUAGAUAGGAAAGGUCAUGAGAACCUAGUAGUAGGAUUAAUCAGAGAUUUUGGAAUGGUGCAAAACGUAUCCCGAAUUACAGCAUGCUUGCCACUCCCAAAAGCAGCAGGAGAACCAAUCCCAUGGGGAAUUGUUCCUGUGGGACAAUUGCCGAAUGCCACUGUAAAUGUUACGUGGAAUUGCAAAGUUGAAACCAAGGAAAAAGGGGAAUGGGUAACUGUAUGUGCGAUCUUAGGUUCGUCUAGAGUAUCCAAAGAGCAGUGUGAACAGAUGCCAGGUUAUUAUGCAUGGGAUCACCCACAGAUACCAAGAAGGUGUUUAGUAAUACCUGAAAAGACAACGUAUCCUUGCCAAGUAUCUAGGGUAUGGAAAAACAGAUAUGAGAAAGAAGAGGUAUGUCAAAAUGAUACUAAAAUAACCACCAUGGAAGAAUGGAAAAGUAUUUGGGGACCCAGCUUGUUAGAAACAUAUAGUUACUUAGGAAAGGUAAACUGGUGCAUAGAAUGGAAGGGAAAAAGAGAACAAGACUAUGGAAAGAAAUCAUCGCAGAAAGACAAGUUUCGCCAGAAGGGGAGAGCAGUAGGGUUAUGGAAUUGUUCUCAAGUUCUUACUUGUGAUACUAAAAAUCAAAUAGGGAUAGAGUCAGUAAAAAUUUUGUUACAAUGGGGAUGUGAGUGUAGGGGAUAUAACCAUUCACUUAAAGGAAAGAUUAGGGGCCGAUGGGAUUGUAAAACUACUACU